AUGCUGCCGCCUCACCAGGUGAUUGAAAGUCAACAACAGGAGGAUGAUGACCUCAUCAAACCUAGAAAGCUUCCAAAUCCCAUCCUGGCUUCUCACCAGCACGGAGCUCUUCAUCAAGAGCUGCUAUUCUGCCACAGACGAGGUGUACUGCCGCGACAAAAGACGGAGCUGCAGUGUGUGCUGGAACACAAACGGAGAGAGCAGCACAAGCAAAGGGAGCUGGCUCUCCACCCUCCCUCUGACUUGGAGGUGAAGCUACGUACCAGGCUGCAGACUCUACAAGUGUACGAACUGGAGGAACAGAAGAGGAGCGAAAGUCUGAAGAACGUGCCAGAAUUUGUUUUCGUGAGACAAUCCUUGAAGCACAUCCCAGAUUCUUCCUAG